CUACCACCCUUCCUGCAUCAUGCCGUGGUUGAGUACACGGAAUUCGUGCCCCCUUUGUCGAUAUGAACUUCCAACCGACGAUCGAGAUUACGAAGAGGGAAAGCGAAGUAGUAUCAAUACAGCAGAGGUCCAAGGAGUUGGAGCAAAUCUAGAGUUUAGAACCAGCCAAGUAGAGGAGCUGAGCAACAUAGACUCUGCAGUUAAUAACAGUAACAAUUCAGGCAGACACGACGGUAGAAGAAGUUGGGUGUUCAUGGCUGCUCCGAUCGUUGGUCUUGCAGGUAUAGCCCUGAUGAUAUGGUUUGGUAGCCCUCGGUGUGAUCAAAGAGUACCCGGAGGCCAAGCUGUAGACAGAAGGCAACUUGAUGCUCACAUUGCUGAUGCAUUGAACCAAAGAGAGAGCAGAAGCAGGAGAUGGUGGUGAAUUGUCUAGCAAUAACGUACGGUACAAGAAAUCAAAUUAACACGAGCUUUCUUGUUUUGUUCAUUUUCCAGGAUUGAAAAGGUUCUGUGAUCUUCUUUUACUUCAAUGAAAAUGCUUAUACACAAAUGUUCUCCACAUGAAUAUACU